AUGGCAUUUCCGGCCCCAACCAUACCUUAUCCACUCUCCUCCGACCUAUCAGACGACUCAGAAGUUCCCUACCUCAAACAGAAGCCCUCAUUUGGUAACAAAGUGUGCCCCCCUACUCCGUCACCCAUGGCCUCACCAGCUAUUGUGGACGACGGAACCCUCGAAUACCAACAACAGAGUGCGAGAAGAGCAGCAGAAGGGCUUAGAAGGCAACAAAACUCAAAAACUAGGUUAUCCAACGAUAUAGAAGGGUUCUCAUCCUCAGAAGCAGAAAACGAGGCAGGUCCGGGUCUGGAGAUUGAUUCCGAGUCCGAGGAUCUUGAAAUGGGUGACUAUGUGAACACAGGGGAGGUUACAUGGCGGAAUGAUGAAGAAGGGAGAGUGAAGACGAGGAACCGAAGGGGCUUGAGUUUACACGGCGAGGAUGGUCCUACUCUUGGUGAUCGGUUGGUUAUGGCAGACGGUGAUCGGCCUGUUGUGAGUAAGGAAGAGAAAAGGAUCGCAGAUGUGAAAGUUAUUAGGAGUUUGGCCAUUAACGUCUUGCUGAUUGGGCUAUGGUAUCUAUUCUCGCUCCUAAUAUCCAUUUACAAUAAAUGGAUGUUCGACCCCAAGCACCUCGAUUUCAAAUUUCCGUUAUUCACUACCUGCACACACAUGAUUGUCCAAUUCUCUCUAGCAUCUCUAGUGCUCUUCGCAUUCCCUAAACUACGGCCUGUAGGAUUUUUCGGGAGAGUUGCUUCUACUGAUCCACAACCUGAAGAUCCUGGGAUGGAUCACUUUAUGGGAGCUGGGGAUUCUGUGGAGGAGCGGAAGAAACAACAAGCCGGCAUCAUGACGAAAUGGUUUUACACAACCCGAGUUGGCCCAUGUGGUGCGGCUACUGGAUUGGAUAUUGGCCUUGGGAACAUGAGUUUGAAAUUCAUUAGCCUUGCGUUUUACACUAUGUGUAAAUCUUCUGCCUUAGCAUUCGUCUUGAUAUUCGCCUUUAUAUUUCGUCUCGAGAAGAUAACAUGGAAAUUAGUUGGAGUCAUAACGGUGAUGACGAUUGGUGUAGUGAUGAUGGUAGCUGGAGAGGCAACAUUCGUGCCGAUUGGCUUCGUUCUUGUGAUCAUGUCCUCCGCUCUGUCUGGACUGCGAUGGUCACUCACACAGAUUCUGCUAUUGAGAAACCCGGCCACCUCUAACCCAUUCUCAUCUAUAUUUUUCCUAGCGCCGAUCAUGUUCAUUUCAAUCCUAGCAAUUGCUAUACCAGUGGAGGGGUUCGGACCGCUGAGUGAGAGAUUGGGCGAAUUAGCAGCUCAAAAGGGUGCCGUCAACACUGCUGCCAUUCUGCUCUUCCCCGGUGCCAUCGCUUUCCUGAUGGUCAGCAGUGAAUUUGCACUCCUCCAGCGCACCUCCGUAGUAACCCUCUCAAUUUGCGGCAUUUUCAAAGAAGUCGUUACGAUCUCCGCAGCAGCGAUAGUCUUCGGCGAUCCUCUAACCCCAAUCAACAUUUCAGGUCUCUGCGUCACAAUAUUAAGUAUCGCAGCAUACAAUUACAUCAAGAUCAAGAGGAUGCGUCGAGAGGCACGAGAAGAGACCGUCAGUGCAGCAGCAUACGUCCCAGUCGGAGGCGACGACGAAGAAGACGAAGAUGAAGGGCUAGAAGAGCAGGCGAAAAGUGCAAGCAUAGACGACGGUGUCCCCGGAAACACGGAAAUACAGGUUGGCGAAUCGGCGUUGAGUCCUCGGUUUCCUGGGCCAUCCACCUCACAUUUGGGAGGUAGUGAGCAGGACCGGCUGCUUUAGACAAAUCACUUCUGCGCAUCCAUAUACUCUUUCUAACUCAUUAGACUUGUAGCUCUAAACCGACCGCCUUCGCCUUAUUGAUAUCGCUACGUAUGUAUAAACUGUAUCAGUGUGUUUAGCGGAGUUUGGCUCUUGGUUUUUUUUCCCGUAUGACACUUUCCAUUUUUUCCACUCUUGUAUUCCUACCAUUUUGAAGAUGUUCGUACUGCCGUGUGAUUACCAUCUCCCGUUGCGGAGCGCUUCUUAUCAAACUACACAUAGUCUAGAAGUUGAGCUCAGCUCAGUUCAGGCGAUUCAUUGUCUGUGAGUGUGUGUGUUCCCGGAGUAGGAGAGAAGAAGCUUGAUUUUCCAAAUGCAAAA